CUCAGAACGCAUGCUCGUCAGCAUUUUCCGGUAGGUUUCCUCCAAAAGUUACAGAAGGGACAAUCCUGAAUAUUUACCGUAGAGUGUAAUGAGUGCCCAGUAGCUUUCAGUCUGGAGGAGGAGAGCACUGGUCCUUACUUAGAUAGGAGGUUCACAUCUCUGAUCUUGGAAGUCACUUUAUGCGUGAUGAGUCUCUUGGAGAGAGAAAUUCUCUGGCUAAUUCUGGACUUUGGAGUAAUUGCACAAAUUACUUCAGUAUGCCAAUAAGAAGAAAACGAAGCUCACCUACCACUGAGGAUCCAAGGAAUAAAAAGGCAAAGGUGUCUACAUGGUCCAGACGUAAUGAACUCGAAAACGAUUUUAGUACAAAGAGAUGCAUAGCAUGGUUCCAUGAGUAUACAGAUUCAGAUGAAGAUGUAUUGGGACCAGAAGGAAUGGAAAAAUUUUGUGAGGACAUUGGAGUUGAACCAGAAAAUAUUGUAAUGCUAUGUUUGGCAUGGAAACUGGAUGCAAAAUCUAUGGGUUUCUUCACAAAAGCAGAAUGGUUAAAAGGAAUGACAGAACUACAGUGUGACUGUAUAUCAAAGUUACAAGGUCGUUUGGAUUACUUGCGGUCAAUUCUUGAUGAUCCUGUACAUUUCAAAAAUAUCUACAGAUAUGCAUUCGAUUUCGCAAGGAACAAAGACCAAAGAAGUAUGGAUGUAGAGACAGGCAAGGCAAUGUUGGGUCUACUGUUGGGGAAACACUGGCCAUUGUUUGGCUCAUUUCAUCAGUUCAUAGAACAGUCCAAAUAUAAAGUGAUAAAUAAAGACCAGUGGUGUAACAUUUUGGAAUUCAGUAGAUCUAUUCUGCCAGACCUAUCCAAUUAUGAUGAAGACGGAGCAUGGCCAGUUUUAUUGGAUGAAUUUGUGGAAUGGUAUAGAGAAAAUAAAUCCAUGUCCAGCUGAUCAUUCCAAACCACAGUCUUUCAUAGAUCUAUGCUGUUUCAGAAGGAACUUUUUCUGCUAAUCAAUACAAUCACUAUUCAAUGAAGAGUGAUGAGUUAACAAAUAUUGGGCAUUGGAUUAUAAAAGAAAGUGAACAUUGGGAAUGUGUCGUAACAUAUGUACUGAAAGACAUCUUAAUUUAAGUGCUAAAGAAUGUAAGGUUUUAUUGAACCUUUAGAAGUGCUGUAUUGUUAAACAUAAGGUUUUAUGGAACCUUUGAAUGUGCUCUAUUGUUGAAUGUAUAAUAAUGAGAAUUUUUAUUGUUACAAAUGUGAAGUAUAGUAUAGAACAUGCAUAAAAGACAUACAUAUAUAUUGUUAUAUCGUAAAUGAAUCGCCACAGCAAGUGUAACAUGAUAUCUCUAUAUUUUCACUACUGCAGAUGGAAUGGUAGUAUGUGUAUGAUAUAUUAUGAUCAUUAACUAAUGAAAGAAUGCAAUGUGCAAGAAUUAAUUUGAAUUGAUUUGUAUAUUUACAUGCUGUGGACACACAAUUUCAAUGAGAUAUGCUAUGUAUUUUUUAACACAAUGUGGUAACUAGUCUGUCAUAUCACAGAUUUGUGUUCAUGGGUGUGCACAAGCAAUUUGAACUCUAAAUUGAUAAAUACACUGUCAUUUGUAUAUACAUGUAUGUGUAAAUACACUGUCAUUUUGUAUAUACAUGUAUGUGUAAAUACACUGUCAUUUUGUAUAUAUGUGUAUGUGUACAUGUAUUGCACUUACCUCAGCAUUUUAGUUUGCAGGUGUUUAGUGUGUGCAACAAUUAUCACAAUUACUUAUUCUUUAGAAUUUGAAAGAAUUACCUUCAUAAAGCCUAGAAAACUGUUUGUGCUUUGUUUGAAAGGGCCAGUAAAUCUGUGUGUACCAUAUUUGUAUUUCCUGUUCAAGAAAGGUUAGUUUAGUGGUAAAAUGGUCUUCCUCAAAUGAACACAUCUUGCCAUCUGUAAUUCUGUUUAAUGUAUGUUGAACUAAGUUUAAGAUUCUGAAUGAAUAGUGCUCAUGUUUUUUGGGGGGUGUUGGGGUUUUUUUGUUGUUUUUUUGAGUAAUUUACCCCAUAAUAUAAGUUUCAAUGUAAUCUGAAAAAGGCACAUGGAGUAUAUUAAUGUCUGCAUUCUUGUUGGUUAUAUACAAUUGCAAGUAUGUAUUUCUGUAGACUUAAUUUUGAAAUACAUUUGAAAAUUAUUUGUAAUGUACCACAGUCAAAUAAAUAGGCAUUUACAUAUUGACAGUACAAAAACAUUGAACAUUUUUAAAGCUGUGAAUAUGUCUAUCCAAAUUCUAAUUUAACAUUUAUAGUUAUGUCCAAAUUGCAAAGUAUGUCCUUUCUUAUCUCUUGUUUAAUGCAGAAAAUUCAGUGACAUUCUUUAAAGCAGGUAUCUCCCAUUCCACAUUUUUGUCAGUUUUUUCUGUAACAGCGAUCACAAUACUAAUGACUUGUUUGAAGAUCCCACAUUUGUAUACGUCAUGUUUGAUUGGAACACAUGUCGUGCUUAUUGUUGAAUUUUGCAUCACAAAAUUGUCUGAGAUUCGGUAUUAGGUUUUUCUGUAGCUUUUGAGAUUCGGAAAUAGGCUUUCAUAUUGUAAAUUUUACUGUGUGAUUUACCCCCAAAUUUUAUAUCUUUAAAAAAAAAAAGAAAUGUAAAUAUCAAAAUCUCUUAAGCCUCAUGUAUUGUGUUUAUAAAAGUAAGAUUUAUAUCAGUUUAGGACUACAUCGUUAUAUAUGAAUUUUACCUUCUUCAUUUCGUACAUGUAUAAUCCUCUUUAUACGGUGGUUCAAUAUAAAUUGAUGAGCUCAGUAAAAGUUUUGUGUGAGCAGUAACUUUGGUUAAAUAGCUAAGGAUUGUUUAUUUAUUUUAGAUCAUUUAGAAAGAUUUGGAUGUAUUUAUAAGGCAUUUGAAUAUACUGUCUAUCUAGUGCCCCUAAAUCAAAUGCUUUGUUUUGGUAUUAGUCCUGGCACUUUAAGCUUUUUGUGGUCCUAGUUUUUCAGCUCAGCACAUGAAAAUGGCAUUUACAGUUGUACCAUACAAAUAAAUAAAAUGAGAUGUUUAAUUCAUUAUUUACCAGUAGUCUAUUUUGUGGUUUGUGAUCUUGAUUGUAGUGUUAUGUUUCGAUAUAGUAGUAAUUUUCAUCUUUACACUUAAGUAUAUGCUUGUGACUCUCCCAAAUGCUCUGUAAACUAUGCAAAAAUGAGGAUAUACAUAUACUUAGUUCAUUGUACUCUAGUUCAUUGUACUCUGUCAUAGUUAAUAUUUCAUGAAUCAAAUAAAAUGUAGUUUUUUCAUGAAAGCAGUUGAAUAUAGAUAUUUAAACAAAAUAACUAUUAAAUUUUUUUUUUGUUAAUCAGUUUUCUUCAUGUUUGUUUUAACUGCAUAUGUAUAUUAUUUAUAAGUAUUAUAUGCAUGCUGAAAGUUUAGACUUUCAGCUGAUUUUAAUCAUUAAAACUUGACUGUAAUCAAAGUUGUUGUAAAUUGAGUAACCGGGAAUCAGAAUACAUGAAUUUCUUUUGUUAUACUUGUGACUGUGAAUAUUUGUUGUGUAAUAUUAUAUAUUAAAUUAACUUUUUCUUUACAAUUAAUGUGUAUUAAAUAUCAUAAUUAAAUGAUUUUUGUAUAUCUGAUUUUUCUUGUAUAUGUAUUUUGUGUAUACUGUAUAUGUGUCUAUUACAAACCCCAGGUAUACUUUCUUUUAGUUCCUGAAUGUUGUCAACAGAGAACAUUGUUAUGUACAUGUAUCAGCACGCAGUUUGCCAUUAGUAAACAUUUCUUGUUGAUACUUUUGUUUACACAUGUAAUAAAAGAGUUUGAAUCAGACAA